UGGCAGUUCAAGGUUGGAUGACGGAAGUUUAGCGGCUGUGUUUAGGCAGCAGUCGAAUCGCGCGCGUGGGUUCGUAAAAAAGGAAACAGACUUAGAAGCAGAUGAAUAGCUUGGUUCGAUAAAGCAGUUAGAGCAAUUCUUCCUUCAUUAUUUUUUCAGUUGGAAAUCAAUGCUGCCACUUCUAUCUUGUCUUUGUUCCGGAGACUAAUUUCGUGUUUUGUUAACGAUUGUGAUGUAGCGUUUUGAUUAAGGUGAAAACGAAAAAAUUUCUUUUUCGAAAUACAUUAUUUUUGCACUUUAAAAUUAUGUACUGAAAAGGAUGAAUUCUUCUAGAGAAGCAGAAAGCGAUAAAAAUUCAUAUGAAAAGAAAUAGACAUCAUUAAUUGUAUUCUAUGCACUUUUUACCGAACAAUGAGACCAACCCUGUUAUUAAGAUCUAUUUGGUUGAUGGCUCUGUUUACUUGUACCACACUGGAUCAGCCUUUAGAAGAAGUGAAAGAAUCUGACAGCGAAUCAGAUUCUUCAGUUAUAGACUGGGAUUCUUAUAGCUUCAAAGAUGAACAAGCUAAUUUAAGAAAUAGUACUACAAAUAAAUGGAACCAUUCCAGAAUGCUGAUGAAGACAUCAACAACCUUAAAGUUUCCUGAAUGGUGGUUUUUUACUACAAGGAGACCAAUAAUAUCUUACAAAGAUUAUCCUGGGAAACCUGGAGUCGCCACAUGGAAGGAAAUAUCCCCCACUGAGAACCGAAGCAGCAGAAAAUUGAAAAAUCCGACAGCAGAGCAAGUUUCAAGCUGCGCUUUGUGCCCUUCAUCAGAUCUUCGACAUUUCAUGGUGUAUGCCAUAGUAGGAACACUGAUUGGUCUAUACCACGUUCGCUAAUAGUUCUUCAUCAUUUUCUGGAAUACUUGGAUUUUUACAUUCUGUGGAUUGUGUUUGGAAACUUUUAUUCCGAUAAUUUGCUAUACAUUUGAGAUUCUGCAAUAAAAAUGUUUGUAAAUAGUUUAGAUAACUAUCGAAUUUUGUGGUAUUUUUAUUUCAAAUAUAUAGUUGUUUUUUUUCUGAAGAAACUGUAAAAUCGGCAUGCCUUUAAAGAUAAUAAAGAUUUAAUUAAUGUAUUUAAUCAUACAUCUGAGAAAUAAGACAAGGAAUAGAUUUAUGGAAGUUAUUAUAAAUCUUGAAAAGUACAUUUCUGCAUUUCUAAGUUCUAAAUAAUAAAAUAAAAUUUAAAAAAAUAAAUUAACAGAAGAAACACUAAAAACAAUAUCUGAUAAUUAAAUAUAUAUUUAAAUAACGUUGCAAAUAUUUUUAUAGCUGCAUCGUCAUUUCUUAUAAAGUCAUUGUUAAAUAAUAGCAUUUUUAUGCUUUUCUUUAUGUUAGAUUUUGAAGUCUAUCACUUACUGAAACACAAAUCGUUGAAGAUGUCGAACUUUAUGAUUUUGUAACUGGCAGAUUUUCUGCUGGCAUUAUUAUACACAUAUGAAGUUGAAUUCAAUUUGCAUAUUUAUUCCUCAGAUUGGUUGAAUAAAGGAUGAAAUAUUUUUAACGUUUCUAUAAAUCUAUUAUUAAAAUUAGGAAAUUUUUCACUUACUUUAUUGUUAAGUAUUUUUCAUACAAUUUAUUUAAUAUAAUACAUUUCAGAAAGAAGAUCAGGGAUUCAAUUAAGAGAGUUAUAACGAAGUGAACUGUUAUUAUGUUGGCUUAAAAUAUGGUAACUUAUCCAUAUGUUACGCCUCGUCCUUUGGUUGAAUGUGUUAAUAUUCAUUUGUUUUCAACUGUUUUGAGAAUUAUUUUACGAUCACUAACUUUCUAGUGGCAUUUGUUGAUUUUAUUUCCCUAGUUUUAGUAAAUUCUUGUAAUAUAUAACAAUAUAUUAAUCUUAUUAUUUGUGUGCAGGUGUGUAUAUUUUUCUUUUUUUAUAAAUCAUAUUAUAAAUUAUUUUUGUUUUGAUGCUGAAAAUUUUAGACUUUAGAGCAUGCUUAGUUUUAAAUGGCUUUAGUAAAUGCUUUUCUGAAAUAUAGAAACUUAUUCGUAUACUUAACCAGGUCCUUUGUUUCUGUGUGUAUUUAAUACAAGAAAUUACGGCAACAAAUAGAAUCAGUUUCAAAGUAAAUAUCUAUCUUUAAGCCAGCCUCUAAUCUUAUGUCAGCAGCAUGAAGACAGAGACUGGCAUAAUGUAGUUAUAUAGAAAAAAACAAUUUAAAUUUUAACAAUAAUUAACAAUUUUAAUUUAAUAACAAUUUUAAAAAUAGCUUUUCUCACUCAAUGGCGUGUCUAGUUUUUUUUAUGAUGGUUGAUUUAAGAGAACAACGUGUAGCUGUGAAAUUAUGUUUCAUGCUCGGGAAAAAUGCCAGAGAAACCUUCGAGAUGUUGAAUUCAACUUACAAGGACAGCGCUGUUGAAAGAAAUUGAAAUGUAUGAAAAGUUUUCUCAUUUUAUACAAGGCGAAAUGCCAAUCGGUAUCAAACCUCGUUCUGAACAUCCUUUAAUUUUCUGAACACCCCGCCCCCGGAGGGGGCACUUCGAAAUGAGGAUGAGAUGCUUCCGGAAUGAUGGCUGGAUCUCGUCACCCUAGGGUGUACACAAAAAGGUGGGGGUCUGGCUCCUCUCAACGAUGACGGGACGUUCUUCCUUAGGGAAAGGUUGUACCGUGAUCGGUGAUGCCCCUUAGGACUCAACCACAGUUCCAGCCAGUGUUGCUGUUGCGGCAGUCCAGUCAUCAGUAUUUAUUAUCCAUGUGCCUUUUGGCGUGUCCGAGAGUCAGUGACAUGACUUUAAUUUUCUGAACUGUCGAAAAUGUCAAAACAAUUCGUGCAGGUGAUAUUGAAAACCGAAAACGGAUCAUUGAAAAGACGGGGAAGUUAUCUGAUCUAAUUUGGAACGCAGUUCAUCGAAUUUUAGCAAAAGAUUUGGGAAGUGAAAGGUCGCGCAAAAAUUGUGCUUCGGAUUCUAAAUGACCAGCAAAAAGAUCGUCGAGUGGUAACAUGCCGUGUUUUGAAAGAACAGUUCGGAAGGGUCCCAUCUUCUUUUUUUCCGCUCAGAAGCCGCACAGUGUUCUACUAAUUCUGAAAUAAUAGAAAAUAAGAAGUGAGCGAAACUGUUCUUGUGAAAAAAUUCACUGCAACCAGACAGAGCCAUCCUAGGUGACGCCUUUUGUUUGAGAGCACUCGAGAAAACUAGCUCUGCACUCUCUCGCUAAAAAAAAAUGUGUACUAUAUAUUUACAUCUGAGUUUAAAUGUUAGUGCCAUGAAAAACUUUUUUUAACCUCUUCUCUGUAUUUGCUCUUAAUGUGACUUAUCUUAUCUGACUAAUUUAUCAAAAACAUUUGAGAUAUGUUUCUCCUAGAUAGUUUCUAUGUUUGUUUUUUUUAUAUCUGAUGAUUCUUUUUAGCUGAAAACGUGGAAGGGUACAUACACUAUUAAUGUUUUUCUGCUUUUGAAUGAAAUUAUGUUAGCCAUUUUUAUUAUUAUGUUGUAUUUAGCCUAUAAAAUAUUUUGUGCAUUUUUAAUUGAUUUUUCAUGAUACUUAUGUACAGUAGAACAAUGUUUUCUGUUUUUACGUAUUAGCAAUAAUUAGUCAUAUUUAAUAUUAGAUAACAUCAGAAUCAUCAUAUUUGUAAUACUUUAGCUUGCAGAAUUUUUAUAUUUGAGUGACGUUGCAUUGUUAGAAAAUGAAUACUGCGAUUUUAUCAUGUAUUUUCUUCUAUAUUUAUUAACAGCUGCUUUCAUUAAGCUUGUAAUAUCUGAUUUUUAAUUUGUAUUUUAGUCUCUAUUCAUAAUAAAAAUAAUAGACUUUCUUA